ACCGGUGCGAUUUAUCCGACACCGAAAGCAGGCAUCGCGUUCACAUUGGCGCGAAACUGCUCGCGCGCGCAAAAAAAAAGAAAGAAACGAAAAAUCACAGCCGAAUGCGCUGGACGACGAAAUAGUCGACUUCCUGCGGCAUCGUAAAAAUGCGCCGAUCCGCCUCAAAACGAGCUCCUACGGUGUGGUUCGGCAGAAAAUUGGAAUGAUCAGCCACGGAUCUCUCGCCGCCCAUUUUCAUGAAAACUCGACGUUCGCACUGUGCUUUUCCUUUCACAUUUUUUUUCCGGGUUACAACGAAGCACGAGAACGAACGGCCGCCGUCUCUCGCGCUCGUCAGCCACUGAAGCUCGCGGAGGGAACGGCCGAAGGUCAAUUGGCGAGUUCCCGAGUGCGUCGAGGCGAGCGUUAAUUCGCAAUUCGCGCAGCCGAGUCGGUGAUGGCGACUCGAGUUUCUGUCGCGGACGAACUCGUCGGUGCUCGCGGCCCGACCGUGGGAAAAGCCGUCCUUCGCGGAUUCGGCGCGAGACGUUUCGGUAGACUGACUCGAGCUGAGAAUCGACGAUAACAGCUCGCUCCGCCACGCGGCUAACGUUUUCAAACGCGAACGACUCGUCACAACGAGCCGCGUGCUAAUCCAUUUCUUUCGGUCGUUUUGACACAAGCUUCGUCGUCGCUUCGCUCAAUGACGUAACUAAUUCGGUUUCGUUGGAGCUCCGAUACAAUUUCAUUGUCGUCCGCGGCCGAGCGAUUUAAAUUGACAUCAGUCGAGUCGCCCGUCUCUAGCGUGGAAAAGUACGGGAAAGAAAAAUGGAUAAUCUCCGGCGAUCGGCGGCUGCGAGAGAACACACGAAGGAAGCAGAGUCGCGAGAUACAUUCGCUGCGUCGAGUGCUCCUCGAGACUAAUCUUUCAAUCGAAACCACGGUAUUUUUCGUCGACAAGCAGCUAUACCCAUAGAUCGCCUCCUCGUCGCGACAAACAGCUCGGCUCCCCAUCGCGGACGUGCACUCGACGCGACACCUGCGCUCUCCCGCGCUGGUCCAAGUCCGAGGAGCGUCGAUUCCGCCGGGCGGGAAGCCGGCGACGAGCGAGAAAAUCCGAGCGAACGGGUCGAUCGAGCCGGCGGACACGCGCGCGCGAGCGUCCACCAGUCGCGCUAAGGCUCGAAGACGGCGCGCGGCGCGAGAGGCGCGAGAGGCGCGAGAGGCGCUCGAGAGGCGGCCCCGAACGACGAGCGGCAUUAGGCGGAUUUAGUUCAAUGCCGCGGCGUCGCUCCAGCCUCGGCGGGCGCUGAUGCGGCAACAAGGGCGCACGGCUCGCUCGCGUCGGCGGAUCCGGCGACGUAGAGCGCCGGCUGCCGGCAGCGCGGGCGCGCAGUCGCGGGCGGAGAGCCCACCGCUGCAGGCGCCGAGGCGAGCGGACGAGCGCGCGAGAUGCGGCACGGCUGGCUGGCGGCGGCGGCGUGCGCGCUGGCCGCGCUGGCCGCCCAGCUGCGCGCCAGCUUCGUGCAGACCAAGGCGCCGCCCAUCGAGGACCACUUCGCCGCGGACUGGGCGCUGGCGCGCGGCGCCGCGGCCGCCUACAGCCGCAACUUCAACCGGCAGCGCGAGUUCGCGUUCGCGGCCUGCCUGCCCAGCCACUGCAACGUGACGCUGCUGCUGGCCGACGCGGCGCGGCCGCGCUCGCGCACCUGCGAGCUGCUCGUCGGCCAGAUCUCCUCGUACGGCAGCAGCGGCAUCAGCUCGCUGCACCUGCCCGACGGCGGCGCGCGCAGCCAGCGCCUCGCGCUGGUCUGGUGGCGGCGCGUCGGCCAGGCGCGCGGCGCCUUCGUCAACUCGGUGAACAUGAGCGACUGCCGCACCAGCAUCGCCUUCCCGGUGGGCGGGGCGGGCGGCCGCGCGCCGCACGUGCUCGUCUACCGGCACCCCGUCUACUCGACCGUGGCGGCCGAGGCCGACUACCGCGUGGUCAUGACGCACACCUUCUCGGGCGGCUGGAUCCGCAACAUCCACCACGUGGGCGUGAACCACUCGUGGACGGGCGAGGAGCAGCCGGUGGAGCUGGGCGCCUCGCGCGGCUUCUUCCUGCUCGGCUCCGACGACGAGGCGCCCGACCGGCGGCUCAGCGUCAUCUACGCCAACGUGAGCAGCGGCUGGAAGUGGGUCAUGGCCGAGAUCCGCGGCCUGAACGACUCCGCGCACACCUACCCCAAGAGCUCGGGCGCCUACCGCAAGUACGGCCUCUGCUGGAAGAGCCUGGAGCGCGACGCGCGCGUCAACUGCUCGCAGUUCCUGCGCGACGGGCGCAAGGCCGUGCGCCAGGUCGGCCUGCGGCUGCCCGAGCCGGUCGACUGGCUGGCCGUGCACAACCUGCGCGAGCCCGCGCUGCUGCUCGUCACCGGCCAGUGCCACGGGCCCACCUGCGCCCAGUUCCGCGUGGCCAAGCUCCACGCCGACGGCCGGCUCAGCGCGCCCUUCGACGUGAAGACGCUCGACGCGCGCUGCCCGCGAGCCCCCGCCGACCUCUCCAUGGACGUGGUCGAGGACCCGGAGCGCCAGCUCGUCUGCUUCCACUUCGUCUGCCUGGACCGGCGCGCCCCCCUGGCCGCGUGGGAGCCCGCCGCCGAGGAGCCGCCCGAGCUCGUGCUCCAGUACCGGCGCAACUGCGUCAAGAGGGCCGACGUCGACAGGAUGUUCGAGUGACGGCGCUCGCCGAGCGCCUCCUUUAUUCGCCGAUCUUCAACGGAUACAUCGGGCGAAAAAUGUCGGAGGCACGACGACGGUCGUUCUCCGCGUGGCUGUGGUCGAUCGCAUUGUUCGCGGGCGCCAGUGGCUUCAGCCUCAACCAGCCGUCGCAGAACAUCUCGAAACCGCUCGCCGAUUACCAUAUCAU